CCCCGCUAUUCUCCCACCUCAUCCAACCAGAGCCCAGACAUUGGGAUGCAUCAUUCAACGGGCUGGCUGACUGGCUGACUGACUGACUGAUGUCCUGUGACGACGACCCGACUAAGCUAGGUACAGCUACCUGCCAGCCUUCGUGAUAGCUUUUGGGUCUCCCAUUGACAUCCAACAACUUGACUUGACACAAUGUAUCCUACACGGAUACUCCGAGCGAACCAGCACCACUCCAAGCCGAACAUCACCGGCUUCGACGUCAACAAGUUCGCGCGCGCAGCCGGCCAGCCCCGCUACGACCCUUGGGAGAGAGCCGAGGCCUGGCGAUACACGGGGAUGUUCUCGCGAUGGAACCGAUUUAAGAGCGCUUUCCCCGGCCUCGGCAUAGCGACCGUGGCUUUCGCCGUCUAUCUCGGCUACGAGCAGAUGUUCCUCAAGGACGAGCACCACGGCGAGGCCCACGGCAAUGAGCACCACUGAGGUUGAAAUGGAUGAAUGAGACAUGUAACUCCCCACUGACAAGAAAAGGCAUACACCGAAACUAGCCAAAAGAGUUCAACUGGGAAAACCCAAUAGAAGGGGGAUAGAGAACUUGUAUAUAUGUGUACAAACUGCUCAAGAUGUUUGGCGCAACAGCAGCAACAGCAGAAGAAGAAGCGCACCAUAUCCGCAGAGGCAUUUAGCACCGAUUAGCCCUGUUCGUCAGUCGACGGUGCCAUAUCUCCUUGUAGUCACAUUACCUGUCCAUGGACGGCAUCACAUCAUAGUGCAAAUAAAAAAACCACAAUUACUUCAAUGUGACUCCCUAGGUUACCUACCAAAGGCGCUUUCAGCCCUGUGCCCUGCAUUUCCAAUGAUGGAUGUCAAUGGACUUCUAACCCACGCUCAUCAAAACUAUCUAUCCGGAGA